UUCAUUAGGGUUGUUCCUUUGCGUUGCUUUAACUUUGUGGUCAAUUUACACGUAACUGCUUGGUUUUCAGGUGGGGUGAAUUCCACUCUGCCGCCAGUGGGAAAAAGAAGCCACCUUUUCUCGAGACCUCACUCGGCACUGUUGGUGCUCUGUGCUUUUAGCAUUCAUGGAGGACUUGCACAGUGCUUUAAACGACCGUGGGUUAACAGUGACUAUUCUGCCGGAGAAGGGCCGGAGCCUCUUUACCACCAGGAAUUUUCAUCCGGGAGAAGAAAUAAUCAGCCAAGAGCCUUAUGUUUGCGUCCCCAACAACUCAACAGUCGAGUCCAGAUGUGACGGGUGUUUCGCAUCAAUAAAGCUUAAGAAGUGCUCAGCUUGCAAAGUCGCAUGGUAUUGCAGUAGUAUGUGCCAGAAGUCAGAGUGGAAGUUGCAUCGUCUUGAAUGUGAUGCUCUUGCAAGGCUUGACAAGGAUAGGCAUAAAUCUGUUACUCCAUCUAUAAGGUUGAUGAUCAAACUCUUUAUUCAAAGAAAAUUGCAAAGUGAAAAGGUCAUACCUACGACUGCAACAGACAAUUAUAAAUUGGUGGAGGAACUAAUAGAUCACAUGUCUGGCAUAGAUGAAAAACAAUUGGUGUUGUAUGCUCAGAUGGGAACUCUUGUGAAUUUGAUUCUGCAGUGGCCAGAAAUGAACAUAAAAGAGAUAGCAGGAAACUUUUCCAAGCUGGCAUGUAAUGCACAUACCAUAUGUGACAGUGAACUUAGACCCUUGGGGACUGGUCUAUAUCCUGUAAUCUCCAUUAUAAAUCAUAGCUGCUUGCCCAAUGCUGUUUUGGUAUUUGAGGGAAGAUCUGCUGUGGUCCGUGCUGUGCAACAUAUACCCACAGGUGCUGAGGUGUCGAUAAGUUACAUUGAAACUGCUGGAAGCACUAUGACUCGGCAGAAGACUCUUAAAGAAAACUACUUAUUCACUUGCACAUGCUCUCGAUGCGUUAAAGUUCAAGAAGAUGAAAUCAAAGAAAGUGCAAUUUUGGAGGGCUACAGGUGCAAAAAUGACCAGUGUGAUGGUUUCCUGCUCCGUAACUCUGAUGAUACUGGAUUCACAUGCCAACAAUGUGGACUUGUUCGAAAUAAGGAGGAUAUAAAAAAUAUUGCUAGUCAAAUAAAAUCAAUAUCUGAUGAAGCUUUUACUUCUAUGUCUUCCCAAAAUCGUGCUGAAGCUUUAUUUAUGUAUGAAAAAGUUGAGAAACUCCAAAGGAUAUUAUGCCAUCCUUAUUCAAUCAGUUUGAUGCAAACUCGAGAAAAGCUUCUCAAGAUUUUGAUGGAGCUAGAGAAUUGGACAAAAGCUCUAACAUACUGCAAAUUGACAAUUUCAGUCUAUCAGAAACUAUACCCUGGGAUCCAUCCAUUGCUUGGAUUGCAGUUCUAUACUUGUGGGAAAUUGGAAUGGUUACUUGGGUAUACAGAGGAUGCUGUAAAAUCUUAUACCAAGGCAUUUGAUAUACUGCGAAUUACUCAUGGAACUAAUUCAAGUUUCAUGAAGGAAUUGCUGCUAAAGUUGGAGGAAGCUCGUGCUGAAGCUUCUUAUAAACUCUCAUCUAUUGAUGAUGAGUAGACCCACCAUUACUUCUAAAGAACAGAGCCCUUCUUGGUUGCAUCUCUCUGUGCUUAAUAUGAGCUUAAUCGUUUAGGACUUGGCUGUAUAUGGUAUUGAACUGCCAUGGUUCAAGAUCGUUGUCUUUUAUUUUUUAAAAUUUAGUCUAUUUUCUCCUCAUUUCGUACCA